CUGCAUCCCCUUCCUUCUCCCCAGAGGCUCCUGGCGCUGCGUGUUCAGCUCCUCCUCAUGAACCGAUUCUCGUGAACGAGUCGUUAGGAGUCGGACAUGAUGUCAUAUCGGAGAGUGGCGGAGCAUCAUGGCGGACGCACACAGCAACAAUAACCUCGUCCCGGUCUUAUUCUCCUUCUCUGAGCUGUCGCGGCCCUCGUCUGUGCCCCUGGGCUCUGGAUCUGAAGUGCUCAUGCAGAAGUUUCUGUCCAUGUACGGGCAUCAGAUGGACGUUGACCGUAAGCUGGUGCUUCAGUGUUUCUCGGAGGACUGGGGUCAGUACGCUGAUGUGCCGAAGGGCUUCACGGUGUCGGAGAGAUGUCGGCUGAGACUCGUGCCUCUGCAGAUGCCUAUCACGACGCUGGGAAACAUCUCGCCGGCCAGCACGGUCUUCUUCUGCUGUGACAUGCAGGAGAGGUUCAGACCUGCCAUCAAGUACUUCGGGGACAUCAUCAGUGUGGGCCAGAGGCUGCUGCAGGGGGCUCGUAUUCUGGGGAUCCCUGUGGUUGUGUCGGAGCAGUAUCCUAAAGGUCUGGGCAGCACAGUGCAGGAACUGGAUCUGACUGGGGCCAAAUUAGUUUUCCCCAAAACCAAGUUCUCCAUGGUUCUUCCGGAGGUGGAGGCCGCUCUGGCUGAGAUCCCAGGAGUCCGCAGCGUGGUGCUCUUCGGAGUCGAGACGCACGUGUGCAUUCAGCAGACCGCUCUGGAUCUGAUGGGAAGAGGCUUUGAGGUGCACAUUGUUGCUGAUGCCUCGUCCUCCAGAAGCAUGAUGGACCGGAUGUUUGCACUCGAGCGGCUGGCGCGCGCGGGAGUCAUCGUCACCACCAGCGAGUCUGUUCUGCUGCAGCUCGUGGCUGAUAAAGAGCACCCAAAGUUCAAAGAGAUCCAGAACAUCAUUAAAGCCAGCGCUCCAGAGUCAGGCCUGCUCUCCAAGGUGUGAUCGGCCCAGUCUUUCCCUCGGCACACACACACACUGGAACAGGCCACACAAACCCACCAGCACACCUGCUAGUACUGAAAGGGCUUCAUUUACAGUCAUAUAAUCCAAAAUGUAUAUUUCAAAGUCUGUUGUAUCAAAGCAGAUGAUCCAUGUGUCAUUACUGAAUCGUGUCUGUCUCCAGACGAGCAGAACUGCAAACACUCGCUCUGAAUGUAUGGUGUAUAGAGUCAGUACAGCUCGAGGAUGUCAUUAGAAGUUUCUUCUGUAGCUUUAGUUGGUAUGGGUUUUUUUGGUUUUGUUUUAGAUAUUUGAGUCCGUGGAUGACUGAUCCACAUCGUCCCUGACUUUGUAAGGCAGUGGAAAGCAUUAGUUUAGAGUGCUCCGAUCUCUUCCCUUCCCAAGAGAUGGUUGUUUUUCUUCUGUGCUCGGUUUCUCUAUUUUAAACCUGUACGGUAUGAACAUCAAACUACCUCUCGUCUACACGUGCUGAUUCCUGCUUACAGCUUAGCCAAGUUACUGAAAUCAAUAGAACUGUCAAAUAUUCUUAUGUGUCACAAGAGCAACACCUUUACCAGAAAGCUGAAGCUUCUUCAGUGGAAGCAGAAUAUCAUUUUAAGACCUACUGUUACAGAGUCGUUUUCAAGAGUGAGAGCAUCAGAUCUGCAAACAGUGCUACAUAUUUCCUGAAAGUGACAUUUCUGUGUAGAUUCGUGGACAUUUUCUUACCCCACUGUUUGAUUUGGUUUAAUUUAAUGUAUUGCUCAGACCCAAGGUGGCAGAGAGGUUUCCUGAAUUGUCAUUUAAAGUUUGAUUUAUUGAUGUUUCUUUUGUGUGUAAGUGUGUAUUUUUGUUGAAAUCAGCAUCCAUUUUGUUGUGUACAUCUGUAUUGGGAAAAAAUGUGUAUUUGGUGCCUAUUGAUGAACAGUCACUACUGAUUGUACUAAGCACAGAUACAAUUUCUUUCUUUCUUUUGUAUCUGCUCUGUAUUGAUCUUAUACGAAUAAAUGUUAUAAAAGUCCAAAAA